UUAUAAAUUUUAUGAUCACACGCCUGACAGAUCAUUGCUCAAAAUGUUCUACAUUAAUUAUUUGACAUAUUUGUUUAUAUUUUUGUUACCGGAGAUUCAGUGGGGAUUGGCAGCGAAGUCUCAGGAAGAUUGUGAUAAGCUAAAUGAUAGCAGUGCGGAUGGUGGUGAAGUAUGUGGCACUGACGGAAACACUUACACUAAUAGUAAAUUUUUGGACUGUAUUAACAAAGUGAAGGAGACAGACAUUGCCAUUGUACAUGAAGGCAAUUGCAUUGCGGGACAUGUUUAUUGUGAUCCGGAUUUAAUUUACGCACCUGUAUGUGGAUCUGACAAUCAAACCUGGCCGAAUAAGAAAGCACUCGAGUGCAACAAUCAGAAUGAAAAAAUUGAAACAUCUAUACAAUUUCAAGGCGAAUGUUCAAAGAUUGAUGAUUGCUAUCGUAGGGGUAUCGAUGAAUACGGAUUGAAUUCCGUGUGUGCAAAUAAUGGUUAUACUUAUGACAAUGCUGGACAGCUAAAAUGCCUGAAAAAAUCCAACAAUGAUCUGGAGAUUUUACAUGAUGGAGGCUGUCGGGUUGAAGAAGUCUAUCCGAUCGUUGGCAAUGGAAAGCUUGCAUGUCAAAUUUCCAAAGAAAGAUAUGAGUGGAAUCCACUUUGUGCCAGCGAUGGAAAUACCUAUCCUAAUCCAUUCAUUUUUCUUUGUCAAAAACCAAAUCUCCAGGUCUUGGCAGACUGUGAAUGCGACACAUCUACUCAAGAAGCCUGCGUUACAGCGAAUAAAAAUGCUAAGAUGGUAAAUGGAAAGUAUGUCAAUGAAGAUUUUUCUGCUGAUGAUCGAGUCUGCGGAAAUGAUGGCAAAACGUAUAAAAGUAUUUUUCAUCUUCAAUGCGAAUCUCUUCACAAUAAAUACCUGAACCUUCAACACGAAGGGCGAUGCAGCGGUCCCGAAGAUAAUCCGUGUGGUGCAGUAUCAAUGACCCCAGACAGCAUGCCGGUUUGCAGCAAAGACGGAACCACAUACAUCAGCAUCCAAGCCCUAUUCUGCGCACGAAAACGUGGAGGAAAAGAGAUCAAAUAUCGUCACGAUGGUCCCUGCUGAGUCAAUUUUGGAGCGAUGAAAAGAGACGAUGAAUCAAAAAAAGAUGCAGCAGAUUAGUGGAAAAUUAUAAUAACGAAAAAACAGAUAUUAUUUCACUAAUUAACAAAGAAUGAAUCAGUGCUCCACCUAAAUUGUUUAAGAAUGCAUUGAUAUAUCUAAAAUUAAAUAGCGAAUGUGCAAAUUAAAUAGUGAUGUGUGACUAGAUAAAUCGUCACUUUUUCAACAUUAUGAGAAAGAUAAAUCGUAUUUUACAAAAUAAGCGAUUGAGGUAGAAAAUGUGAACAAAAAAUAACACUCGCAGCAUUUGGCAAAUA